AUGGAGAGUAGCGUAUAUGAUAGGAAUAGGGAUCCUUCGCAACAUGAGAUUCUGGAGGUUUUUAAGAGAGAAAUCGGUUUCAAUCCUCCCAGAAACUUCUGUCGCCGAAUCUCUGCUUCCGAGGCUCUUGUAAAGAGAAUUGAUCUUGCUGGUAAACUAAAUGGGCAUGAAGGUUGUGUAAACACAAUAGAGUUCAACCAUUGUGGUGACCACCUUGUGUCAGGUUCUGAUGACAGACGAGUUAUGUUCUGGAAUGUAGCAACUAAAUCCUUAGUCCUUUCAUAUGCUUCUGGUCAUGUAGACAACAUAUUUCAAGCUAGAAUCAUGCCUUUCACUGAUGACAGAACCAUAGUUACUUCUGCUGCUGAUGGACAGGUAAGACUUGGUCAAAUAGCAGAGAAUGGACAUGUCCAAACGAAAAAAUUAGGUAAACACCAUGGACGAGUUCACAAGCUUGCAGUUGAGCCUGGAAGUCCCCACAUAUUUUACAGCUGUGGUGAAGAUGGAUUAGUUCAGCAUUUUGAUUUGCGAAGUAAUUCCUCCACAAAGCUUUUCUGUUGCACCCCAUUCACAGAACUCAACCACAGCCACUCUUCCUCAAACACCAUAAGAUUAAACUCAAUCAUAAUCGACCCAAGAAACCCUAAUUUUUUCUCCAUAGGAGGUUCAGAUAAAUACGCACGUCUAUACGACAUCAGAAACUUUGACCAACCAGUCAACACGUUUUGCCCAAAACAUCUUACAGAAACACACGAUGUCCACAUCACUGGAAUGUCAUAUUCCAACACAAGUGAGCUUCUUAUCUCCUACAAUGAUGAACUCAUUUAUCUUUUUCCAAAAAACAACGGGGGUUUAGGACCAAAUCCCUUGAAUGUGAUGAAUUCGGAUGAUUUGGAUGAUCCACAAGUGUAUUGUGGACAUAGGAAUUCAUUGACAGUUAAAGGGGUUAGUUUUUUUGGGCCGAAUUGUGAGUAUGUUAUGAGUGGAUCGGAUUGUGGGCAUAUUUUUAUUUGGAAGAAAAAAGGAGGUAGACUUGUUAGGGUAAUGGAAGGUGAUAGGCGUAUAGUGAAUCAAGUUGAGCCUCAUCCUAGUAUCCCUGUUCUUGCUUCAUCUGGUUUGGAAAAGAAUAUAAAGCUUUGGGUUCCUGUUUCUGAUGACAUUCUUCCCCUUCCUCAUGAUUUACAAGAGAUUGUGGAGUCAAACAGGCGAGGGAGGGAAGAUCAUUCACGGGUUACACUGACGCCCGAUGUGAUAAUGCAUGUUUUGCGGCUUCAUAGAAGGCAAGCAUUGGCUUACAUAGAAAGAAGACGAAAUAGAGAUGAACUUGGAAGUGAUGAUGAGGAAGAAGAUGAAGGUGAUGGUUAUGUCAUGGGGUUUUCUGAUGCUGAUGCCUCCUUAGAUGAUGGAAAUUCAACCGAGUGUAAUAUUGUUUGAUGUUAUAAUUAAUAUCUUGUUUUUGUAUUUUGUUUUAUGAUAAGUUUGUUGUGUAUGCAUGAUUUGUUGAAUAAAUGGUGUAAGUAGUUGUGGUGUAUCAUGUACGUAUAUAAAUGAGGUGAAUUUAAAAGUACAAUUCUAUCUUAGUUUACUUUUUUAGUUAUUAACAA